UUCAAUGGCGUUGAGUGAGAGGCAAUAUUGAUUUCAAUGCCACAGCAAUGGUGCAGAGACUGAAGAUUGAUUGGCAUGCAGUAACCAUGAUUCAGCCACGAAAAACAACAGAUUGGACUGUAACCGAAGUUAAUCAGGAUCUGAAAAAAACUGAAUGGCAUGUUGCAACAAUGAACAGAACUCUCAGCUCGGCACUAUCUUAUCUUUCAACAGGAUACAAUGAAUUGCCUUUAAAAAAUCGAAUCAAAUAUAUGCUUCGGGUUAUUCAAGCAAUUUACUACCCCAUCCUCGCCAUUGUUGGUCUCGCGGUUAACAUUUUAACGAUUGUGAUCCUGUCUCGGGAGAAGUGCGGUCUCUCCAGAUGUAUUACUCAUUACCUGUUGGCCAUGUCAUUGGCAGAUUUACUCGUUGUUAUCCUGGACCUUAUGUUGAGACAUAUUUCAACUGUUUUUAAGAAACAGUUUAUUUUUCUUAAAUCUGUCCCUUUGUGCAAUAUUCAUGCUGUUCUGUUAUAUACAGCUAUUGAUUGUUCUGUAUGGUUCACUGUCGCUUUCACCUUUGAUCGUUUUGUAAUGCUUUGUUGCAGAAAGCUGAAAAGUCGAUACUGCACUGAGAGAACAGCGUCUGCAAUUCUCGUAUCAAUGACUGUCUUAAGUGGUUUGAAGAAUAUUUUCUGGUAUUUUAUGUUUACACCUUUGUACCGCCUUCAUAAAGAACCCUGGUUUUGUUAUGAAUCACCAGGUGUUCAGUUAUCUUUAGUAUGGGGCUCCAUCGAGUUUGUUCAUUACAUACUUACUCCAAUUAUCCCAUUUUUCCUUAUUCUGCUGCUGAAUGCAUUGACAGCAAAACAUAUUUUAAUGAAAUCCAAUGCCCGCAAGAGACUUCACACUCAGAGCAAUGUAAGGAAUGUGAGAGACGCAAAGAUGGAAAAUAGAAGAAGAUCCAUCAUUUUACUCUUCUUAAUCUCUGCUAAUUUUAUCUUUUUGUGGUCAACAUUGUUGAUUUCUACAAUAUGGCAGCGGAUGUGGUUAUUGGGGUAUGAUGUCCGGCUGUAUCGAUAUUGGCGAGAUAUUGGCUUCAUGCUGCAGCUUCUGAGCUGUUGCACAAAUACUUGUAUUUAUGUUGUGACACAGAAAUUGUUUAGAAAGCAUUUGAAGAAUAUUCUACUGUAUUUAUGUACUUUUAAAUUUCAAACCAUCCAAUGAUGGAACUGUUCAAAAAUUGAUUAUUUUGAGAAUUUUUGAUUUUACUUCAUAUUUAGCACACAGACUACUCCAAUUUCUUACUGAUUAAAAAGGCAUGAAAUUUUCACGAACAUAGCCAUGUACUUUGGUGUAAGGCCUGGUCCUCAUUGUCGUUGAAGUUGUAGAGUGACAGGAACGAGGAAAUACCGCACAUGGCUAUCAGGGAGAGCAACACCUGAGGCUGUGCAAAUUUAGUAAGCAAACAAAGCUCGUGCUGGCCAUCUUAUUGUGGUCUCAGUGCAUAAUUGUUCCGAUUGUAUUUGUUGGGGAGAAUCCCCAGACGCUAUGCUCACAUGGGAAUGCUAUUGUGACCUUUUGCCCAUCACAGAGGUAAGUGAAUUAUAAUCUAUUGUCUAACAUGAGUAAAAGUGGAUGGAGUGCAUCUGUCACUCAGUCUGAUCUACUGUUGGGGGUAGGAUAAGUUCCUUCUGUACUUGGAGAAUUCUGAGAUGGUCUGAUCAAAUUUUCUUGAACCAUUGUAGAUGUUACUGUCUUUAAUUAAUUGUUGGAAGGCCGGGUUCACAUGGCCUAUGUCAGUUUAAGAAUUGUGUCUUUCCACUUUUUUAAAUGCAUUUGCGGAAUUCAUUAUUGCUCAUGAUAUUGUAGUUGAUGCACGGUUCAAUCCCCAUGGUGUAUGGGUAUAAAUGGAGACAAUUCUCGAGCCAAAGGAUUUGGCAGUUGUUUGUCAGUCAAAGCCAUUUCCAAACACGUUCAAGCAGUAGGAUUCAAACUGGAAAACAUCAUCAGAAACCUCACCAGCUGAUAACCACCGUUUUUCACAGGAUAACUGCGACUGGAGUAAAAUCAAAGAAGCACACAGACUUCUGCAUCAAUGGCAUUGGAAAUUAAGCAACGUCCAUCCUUUGGAAAGAUGUAUAAUCAUUGAUAAUAUCAAGAAAUCCCAUCUCCGAGUUAAUUUUCCUCAUUCGGAGAGGCAGGAAAAUAAAAGACAGUUUGAAAGAUUCAAGCGAUGAUUACAGAAACAUGCAGAAAGUUUGCACGGUACUCUAGCUUCGGCCCAUUGAAAACCAUGCAGAAACAUUCCAAAUCAAUCAAAAUCUGGUCAGAUUCAGAGAAUAUAAACAGAAGUGAUUAAAAAUGCCAGAUAUUGGAGCAUGCCGGACAUAAACAUCAGAUUGAGAUAUUGGAGUUCACUUAGCUCUUUAUUGUAAAUGGUUCCAGGAAAGAAACUGAGCCUCCAGGGGAGACAUCAAUUGAC